AUGACUCCAGAGGAGGUUAUCGACUUCUUUGCACCACCUCGGUCUAGUGUUGACGCAGUCAUAGCAUGGCUCACCGAGUCUGGGAUCUCUGCAGAUCGCAUUGGUCAAUCAUGGCUACAAUUUGACGCCUCUGUUGAAGAAGUGGAAUCUCUCCUCUACGCUGACUUUUUCCUAUGGGAACACAAUUCCGGUAGCGAGGAUAUAGCUGCGGAGAAAUAUCACGUUCCUAGUAAUAUUCAAGAGCACAUUGACUAUGUAACUCCUGGCACUAGGCUUCGAACAGGCAGCGCCAAGACCCAUUUGAGCAUUCCUAGCGAGAAGCGAGCUGCUAGUCUCUCAGGGCGACCCGAUGUAUCCUUGUUGUCUGGCUUUCCUAAUCCCAAUAGUACUACAUGCAGUAUUUAUGUUACCGCGGAUUGCACAAGAGCCCAAUACUCAAUACCGAAUGGUACAACGGCAUUUCCAGGUAACCAGCUUGGAAUUUUUGAAUCCUCGAAUGAUCAUUACAGCCGUCAGGAAUUGGAUGUGUAUUUUUCAACGCUUUAUCCCUAUAUACCCAAUGGCACAUGGCCAGAAGAAAGACUCAUCGAUGGCGCAGUUGGAGCAAUUGAAGAUCCAUCUAACUUCACGAAUGUGGAGGAUGGAGCUGAAUCAGCGCUGGAUUUUAAUUCGGCCAUCCCACUGAUUUAUCCCCAAGGGACAGUUCUUUUCCAAGAAGAUGACCAGUGGUAUGAAUCUCAUGGUGGAUACAAUGGAUUUUGGAACACGUUCCUUGAUGCCAUCGAUGGUAGUUAUUGUACAUACAGCGCAUUUGGAGAAACAGGAGACUGCACUGACCCGGACUGUUCGGAUCCGGUGUACCCUGAUCCCAACCCCGGUGGAUACAAGGGUCAGUUACAGUGCGGUGUUUACAAGCCAACCAACGUUAUCUCCAUAUCAUAUCAUCAGGUAGAAGGAGAACUUCCCGACUCGUACUUUAAACGGCAAUGCAACGAAUGGAUGAAACUGGCACUACAGGGAACAACCAUCAUUACUUCCUCUGGAGAUGUCGGUGUAGGUCAAAAAAGCCAGUGUGGCGGUAACGAGAAGCAAAUCUUCUCUCCGCACUCAGCAGCUUCUUGCCCGUACGUUUUAUCUGUCGGGAGCACGCAAUGGGAUCGCUUCGCCAAUGCAACAGGACCUGAGUUACCUUAUGAGAAACUUAAUGAAGUUGCGACAACCAGAUUUGCGAGCGGUGGAGGUUUCAGUCAAAUCUUUGGAACUCCCAGCUACCAGCAAGAAGCCGUGGCAGCCUACUUCGCCCAAGUCGAGUCUUCUCUUCCUUUUGAUGGCUAUGAUAAUUUCGUCAUCGAUGGAAACUAUUCAUCCGUCAGUAGUGGUGUUUAUCACCGCGGAGGUCGCGGAUACCCAGACGUUGCUGCUGUUGGAGACCGACAAGUGGUCUUCACCGGAGGCAAAUGGCAGCUAAUAGGAGGGACUUCUCUCUCAUCGCCUGUUUUUGCGUCAGUGAUAACACUGAUUAAUGAAGCCCGACUUGAAGCAGGAAAAAGCACAUUAGGCUAUUUGCAUCCGGUUUUGUAUUCAAACCCACAAGUCUUUCACGAUGUCACAGUUGGUCACAAUCCAGGAUGCAACAGUUCCCCAGGAUUCCCAGCAGCUACAGGAUGGGAUCCAGUCUCUGGCCUAGGGUCGCCAAAUUUCCCUGCGCUGAUGGACCUUUUGCUGAAAUUGUGA